AUGUUGCAGGGGGAACUGGCAUUGGUACUCCUUAUGAUUGAAGCUGGGCUUCACGUGGACAUGGAGAUGAUACAGAUAGUCGGUUUGCGAGCCCUUGCUGUGGGACUGAUCGGAUCCUUCUUGCCGAUGGGUCUAGGGAUGCUAGUCGCAACCUUUGCUCUUCAACUAGAGCUUAUGGAAGCAUUUGCAGUUGGGGCAUCCAUGGCUACUAUGUCCACUGGGAUUGCUCUGAAUGUAAUGAAGGCUGGAGGGGUGCUGAAUCAGCCGACUGGGCAGCUGGUGCUGGCUGCUGCAACAGUGAAUGAGUUGGUGAAUAUCGGACUCAUCACCGAAAUCGAUGCCAUUGUGGCUGACGGGAUCAUGCUUUUGCUGGUGGCUUUCAUGAGCUUCUUGGCCGUGAAAGUUGUGCCGUGCUUGCUCGAGAAGGUGAUUUUGCCGCGGAUUGCCAAAGGCAAUCGUGAGAAUUUGGCUUUGGGCAUGCUCUUGGUGGCAACGACUCUGUGCAUGCCUGCGUGCAAGCUCACAGGUAGCUCAGCGCUGUUGGGCGCUUUUUUGGCCGGCUUUUGCUUUUGCACCGAUGAGCACGUGCACCACACCUGGAACCGUCAGGUCAAGCGCGUUGCCACCUUUCUGAUGCGGUUUUUCUUCGCCUGCAGCAUUGGGUUCACAAUUCCAGUCGAAGACUUUGGCGACGCCGAAGUUUGGAAGACUGCGCUUGCGCUGUUUUGGUGCAUCCUGGGCAAGCUGGCCAUGGGUGUUUUUGCAUUGCCGCUGACCAAGAAUGAGUUCCUGACGUUGAGCUUCGCCUGGGGUAGUUGGGGCGAGUUUUCCUUCAUCCUUGCCCUCCGAGCUGUGCGAGGGAAUUUGCUAGACGGAAAGAACUACAGCGCCUUGGUCCUUGCGGUCUUGAUCUCCAUCAUUAUUUGCCCAACAGCAUUGCGCUGUGUGCUCACAAGAAGUGCCAGGGAGGCAAACGCGUGCAUUGAGCUCGCGAAGCACGAAACGGAUGCAUGUGAAGCGGGGAUGGUCCACUGCGUGUAUUAUUGCUUGCAGACGCGAUCCUGUGCCCAGUGGGGCCAGCAAGGCGCCUUGCUCUCCACACUAGCCGAGGCUGGAUGCAAAAUCGUCGACUUCCGCUCUUUCCACCCAUUCCAUCAUGUGGGUACUCAGCACAUUGUCAACGAGCUCUACGUCAAGGAUCUGAGACUUCAAUUAGUGCUGGCAGACCAGCUGGAGCCAGCAGAUCAGCAGAAGCUGGAUUGUCGAAUUGGUGAGAUCCUGCGUGGAAUUCUGACAGCCCUUCAUGUAGCCGAAGUGAAGAUUUUCAGAUGGCAGCCUGGCGACGGUACCAUCGACCUAAUCCAAGAAGUACAUCAUACAGGUCUCUCUUGUUCAUCUUGUCCGGGAGAUCCACCCACGCAUUCCUUCCGACGGAAUGGGAGCUUCAACGAACAGUUGGCGGCCCAAAGGGCCCACUUCGAGAUGGAAAGGGCUGUGAGGCGGCAUCAUACUCAAGAGGUACAAGCUUUGGACGACUAUUGCUAUCCAGGCACGCCCAGAGCGCACCAUGAGCUGGACGGCUAUGUCCAUACUGACCCACAUGAUGCUUUCGACUUGUCGUCUGUGAACGGCUCGGAAAGCAAGUGCGAAGACCCAGGCUCAGACCGCGCCUCCGGGACUUCCCUCAUGUCAAGCAGUAGCGGGGAUGAGAUGGCAUCUCAAGUCUGA